AUGUGCGAUAUUGAUGACAGCAUUCCGGGCGCUCCAAUGGAUGCCAUUGUGAGAAGCCCCGAGCAAUCAAAUGCCGAUCGUACGGAGUCAAGCGAGCUCUCAUCUCCCACACCAAGUGAUAGACCCGAGUCGCCGCUUGUCGUCGGGCGUCCCAAUGAUGAUGCUUCAACCCGUAAAGUUUCUGUUGAUGAAGGAUUGAUGACCAAGGAGCGAGAAGUGGCUGAACAUCAAAUCCGGGCCCACGAUGCAAAAAUCCCAUGUCAUCAUUGCAGCAAAAACCUCGAAUCCGUUUCGCAGCUUGCCUAUCACAUGGAGAAACGGCACCCUAGCGAGCCCUUAUCAUGUUACUACUGUAAGGACGAUUUUUCGUCGAAGGUUUCCAUUGCCGGAAAAGUUGAUUGGCAAACCUAUCGGAAGCAUAUCUAUCAGGAGGUUUUGAAAAAGAAAAUGUAUGUGCUGGCCUCAAAAGAUUCGAAAGAAAGUGAUCUUGUUGCGCUUCGGGGAGUUGGGCGAUGUCCACAUGGUCCACCCGUUAAAUGCAAAAAUUUUCCCAAUUGCCCUGGCGAACGUUGCAUCUAUUCACACGGCCUUUGUCGUUUUGACAAGACAUGCCAGAAGCAAACAUGCCCAUUCGAUCAUGCUAGCCGCCCGCGCACCUGUAUGACCUGCUUGAACGAUAUCAAGGGCGGCAGAAGUGGUGGCCGUAAUCGUCAU